CACUCCCCGUGCUUCGUCCUCCAUCGGGAGGGCCGCGGAGACAGAGGCAAAGGCAGAGGAGAGCGUGGUCGAGGCAGCGGAGAUGUCGUGCUCUUCUUCAGAUCUGGCACCGCUCCUCGGCGGAGCCAACGCCUCCGCCGCCGCGGAUUAUAUCUGCAACCAGUUCACCGACGCCGGAUACGCUAUCGACACCACCUACCUCCUCUUCUCCGCCUACCUCGUCUUCGCGAUGCAGCUCGGAUUCGCCAUGCUCUGCGCCGGAUCGGUGCGCGCCAAGAACACCAUGAAUAUUAUGCUCACCAACGUGCUGGAUGCGGCAGCCGGCGGGAUCUUCUACUACGUCUUCGGCUUCGCCUUCGCCUUUGGCGGGCCUUCCAACGGCUUCAUCGGAAAGCACUUCUUCGGCCUCAAGGAUGUUCCGGAGCCCAGUUUUGACUACUCGAACUUCCUCUACCAGUGGGCUUUCGCCAUCGCCGCCGCCGGUAUCACCUCCGGCUCCAUCGCCGAGCGCACCCAGUUCGUCGCCUACCUCAUCUACUCAGCCUUUCUCACCGGUUUCGUCUACCCUAUCGUCUCUCACUGGUUUUGGUCAGGGGACGGAUGGGCAGCGGCCGGGAGGAACGCCGGGGAGUCGCUUCUGUUCGAGUCGGGAGUGAUCGACUUCGCUGGGUCUGGAGUUGUGCACUUGGUAGGAGGCAUCGCGGGACUGUGGGGAGCCCUCAUCGAGGGUCCGCGCAUCGGACGCUUCGAUCACACCGGCCGCUCGGUGGCACUGCGCGGACACUCGGCCACUCUGGUGGUUCUCGGUACCUUCCUUCUCUGGUUCGGCUGGUACGGAUUCAACCCUGGCUCCUUCACCGUCAUCUUUAGAACGUACGGCCCUAGCGGUUCCAUCCACGGCCAGUGGUCCGCAGUCGGGCGCACCGCCGUGACGACCACUCUUGCCGGCUGCACGGCCGCGCUCACCACCCUCUUCGGGAAGCGACUCCAGACCGGCCACUGGAACGUGGUCGACGUCUGCAACGGCCUCCUCGGAGGAUUCGCUGCCAUCACCGCCGGCUGCUCGGUGGUCGAACCCUGGGCCGCCAUCAUCUGCGGCUUCGUAUCCGCCUGGGUGCUUAUCGGCCUAAACAAGCUCGCGGCGGCGCUGAAAUUCGACGAUCCCCUUGAAGCCGCGCAGCUCCACGGCGGCUGCGGCGCCUGGGGAAUCAUCUUCACGGCGCUCUUCGCGAGGGAGAGGUACGUGAACGAGGUGUAUCCGGGGAGGCCCGGACGCCCCUACGGGCUCUUCAUGGGCGGUGGUGGCCGCCUCCUCGCCGCUCACAUCAUCCAGAUCCUAGUUAUCGUCGGCUGGGUCAGCGCCACCAUGGGCCCGCUCUUCUACCUCCUUCACAAAUUCGGCCUCCUCCGCAUCUCCGCAGAGGACGAGAUGGCCGGCAUGGACCUCACCCGCCACGGCGGCUUCGCGUACGUCUACCACGACGAGGAUUCCAUGUCGCAAAACGGCAGCCCCGGCUUCAUGCUCAAGUCCUCGGCGGCGCGGGUGGAGCCGCGGACCACUCCCGCCGCCACCAACCAGCAGCAGGUCUAGGCUUUCCACCCACCUCUCAAUCAAAUCGCUAGUGAUUUUCCUUUCUAAAAAAGGACCUUUUGAUUUGUCUACGCUUACACCAUCCUGCUUCGAAAUUCUUAUGUACAGCGUAAUAGGAUUAGUGCGUCGAACAGUGUGUGUGUGAGGGUAAUUGGAUGAUCGUUAGAACUUUUUUUUGUUCUCCAUUGUUUAUCUGAUAAAAUUUCUGCUGCUUUAUCUCA